AUGCCAUCCUUGAGCUACAGAAAUUGUUUGGUUCUGCUUAUCACCGCCGUCGUGUUCGUAACCGAAUGUGGCUGUAAUUUUACGGAAUCUUCAAGCAUCGAGUUGCAUUCGCGGGAAAAACGUUUCCUCAAUUUUGUGGUGAAUGGUGGUGUCCUGAAGGUGGUCAUAGGCGGUGUGUUUCCGGUUCGUUUUCAUCACAAACUGAAACGAAGUUUGAACUGUGCGGUCAACAUUCAAGCUAACUAUGUCAUACCAUCGACAAUUAUUUGGCCCGUACCGGAAGAUGUAUUCAAGGAACGACUGAACAACGACUUUGUGGACAACAGUAGACCCCAGCUGUAUCAACUGUUGGAGUACAUGAUUGACGGCUGGGGGCGCAACGGGCGAACAUGCCUGCUGAGAACAAUCUGCGAAGUGGCCGAAACACCACUUAGUCAUAAUGGCAUGUUUGGAGAAAUUCUAGAUGUGGUAUUUACACCGAGCGAGACAGACGUAAUGGACAGCGAGUAUAAAUUAGCGCGCAAAUACGGUUUGCAUGGCGUUAGUUGCUCGAAAGCUUUUAGUGAGUGCCCCUACGGACACGGUAUUCUGGACACAAUAUCUACCAUAGAUCUUUUCAAAUUCUGA